AUGGAUAAGGUCAAUGAGAAGCUGAGAGCUAUCAUUAUAGUUAACAGAAUUGCCAAAAACAAUAGCACAAAGGGCCUUCAAAGGCCAAAUGAAAAGGCUCAAUCUCUUAAUAUUUCCCCUUCGUCCACUCAUGCCCCCCCCUCAAUUUUAGUUCAUGAAAAAGGAAUCUCCUGUGAUACUUUCAACACCGUUACCGUUGUUGAUCUCAGUGGGGCCUCCAUUUCUGGCAACCUCACUUCCGCUAUAUGUGCCCUCUCUAAUCUCACCGCCUUGACUCUCCAACGCAAUGCUUUCACUGGUCCUUUCCCCAUUGGCCUCUUUCAUUGCAAGCGUUUGCACAAGCUCGAUUUGUCGAGCAACCACUUUGCCGGAACGCUGCCCACUCGUAUCUCCGAGUUGAGCGAGUUGAGAAUCUUGAACUUGGCAAAUAAUAGUUUCAGUGGCUCCAUUCCUCCAGCCUUCGGAAUGCUGCCAAAGCUCGAAGCUCUCUUCUUCCACGAAAAUAGUUUGAGUGGCGAAUUUCCUAAUUUUGUCGGGGAAUUAAAGUCUCUGAAGAACCUCACGUUUGACAAUAAUCCUCUGCGUCCUGGUGUGCUAGCCACAGAGCUUGGCAAUUUAAAGCAACUGCAGCAGUUAUUUCUACAAAACUGUAGUCUUGUGGGCCGAAUCCCCAAUUUCUUGGGCAAUUUAACACGGCUGGAGGAGUUGGAUUUGUCGUGGAAUCAUCUCUCUGGUGCUAUUCCUACCAGUUUAUUGGCUCUUGAGAAUUUGACAUUAUUGCUUCUCUAUGACAACAAUUUGUCUGGGCAAAUUCGGGCUAACAUUGGUCAACUGAGGAGCCUGUCCAUCUUGGAUUUUACCGACAAUAAACUUUGCGGUGCAAUACCCGAUGGAGUCGCCAAUCUCACAUAUCUGAAUUAUCUACAACUGUCCAGCAAUCGGCUUACAGGAGAGAUACCUGCUGAGCUCGGCGGAUGGUUGCCUCAGAGUUUGGGUACAUUCUCCAAUCUCAUUGCUGUUGAUGUGUUGGGAAACGAAUUGGAAGUCCCUCUGCCAAAUAAUCUGUGUCGGGGAGGAGCGCUCUAUACCUUUACUGCCUCUUCAAACAAUUGCAGUGGUAGUCUGCAUUCGUCUUUUCAAGACUGCAAUUCUCUAGGGUAUCUGUACAUCGAGAACAAUCAUCUGAGCGGCGAGAUUCCUCCUGGACUGUGGGAUUCUUCCAAUCUCAAGGAAUUGCUUCUCAGCAACAAUACGCUUGAAGGCCAGAUUUCAGCUGCAAUUGGCAAAGAGAAGAAUCUGAGUUGGUUGAACAUAAGCAACAACCGGUUCGAAGGAAGAAUACCUAUACAAUUCGGAAAGCUGACAAAACUUCAAGUAUUUGAAGCCAGUAACAACCAGUUGUCAGGGCCCAUUCCUCAUGAGAUUGGGGCCUUAAGUUUGGUCAGUACUCUGCAGCUGGACCAUAAUUUUCUGUCAGGAAAAAUUCCCAUGGAAAUAACGUUGCUAAGGAAGCUCAGUCAGCUCAAUUUGGGUCACAAUCUACUUAUAGGCGAAAUCGCUGCAGCUUUGAACGACAUCAUGAACAGUCUUGAUCUGUCAAACAAUUUGCUUUCUGGUGGUAUUCCGCGCGAAUCAGGACGCCUGAAACUGAGUGUUUUCAAUGUAUCCAACAAUGACUUGUCUGGACGCAUUCCUGAGUCUCUCGACAUUCCGGCUUACAAGGAGGGUUUUCUGGGAAAUGCGAAGCUAUGCGGGGGUCAGAAUUUGAUGCUACCUCCGUGUCCUUCUCCUCAUACGCUAUCACCUCAGAGUUUAGCUUCUAUCCUGUUACCGCCUUUGCUUUUACUAGUGGCCGUGACCUUGUGCUCCAUUUGCCGUUGUUGCUCGAUUUCCAGGAAGCCAAGAAGCACGCCAUCGUGGAAAUUAACUCCAUUCCACUCGACAGAUGUGAAAGAGCUAUACAUCCUCCACAAUUUGAAGGAGAGUAACGUGAUUGGAUCCGGAGGUGCUGGAAAAGUUUACAAGGUCACUCUCCACAACGGGCAAUCGGUAGCCGUUAAGAAGAUCCGGAACGUGAGCAGAUUCACAGGAAGUUUUAGGAGAAAAGGUGAGCAGCAAGAAAGAAUAAAAAUGGGGAAGUGGAGGUGA